AUGCAUCUGGAAAGAGCCGUACGGCGGACAUUGGGGGUUCUCAUCUGGUGCGUGCCGUUGGCUUGCUUGGCCGAGCAGCGUGGCAAUAUUGUCUUGUACAACAAUUGCCGCUUUCCUCUAUACGUCGAAGGAGUGGCAGGUGUCACAUAUCUGGACACGGAGCUGAAACCGACAGAGAGCCUUUCCCACCCAUUCCGCCUUACAGUUGAUGGUGUCGGCAGCUCUCUCAAAGUCUCCACGCGGUGGAGAAGCCCCCAGAUCACGCAGAUCGAGUACAGUGCAUGUUUUGGAAACGAAAGCAGCACGGACUGCCGUCCUCUGAAUAAGAUCUACUAUGACCUCUCCAAGAUCAAUGACCCAUCUAAUACAGAGUAUGGGGUCCGCAUUGAGCCUAGCUAUGCUGAGUGCGCGACGAUCAACUGUCCCGCGAAUGUGUACCGAUGUGAUUCCACCUACUACCAGCCUAACGACAAUUACGCAACCAAGGCUUGUGACGUUGGUACAGACCUGAAAGUUGUUUUUUGUCCGUACGUGGCUCUCAAAAGACUUCGUGCAGGUACUAGUUGA